ACAACAUGACGUCUGGAGUAAAUAACAACAAUAGGAACGUGUGCAAAAAAUGAGCUAUACAUCAGCUAAAUAGUACCAGAUGCCCUCGGUGGAGCGAAAGUGAUACCCUGCCUUCCCUACUCGCCAGCAGACGGCAGGAUGUCCAACGUAGAGUACACACAGGCGGAGACCCUUACCGUGCAGUUGUUCCGUCCGGAUCAAAAUGUGUCCUGGGGGUUUCGGCUCCAGGGAGGAGUGGACUUCAGUACCCCCCUCUCCAUACAAUCGGUGAACCCAGGAAGUGUAGCUGAACGCAGUGGCUUACUAGCAGGUGAUGGGAUCCUUUGUAUUAACAACACAAAUGCAGAUGAACUGUCACAUGAACAAGCCAAGAUGGAGAUCAUAAGGGCUGGGAAUGUCAUCAAUUUGUCUGUCCAGAGAGGUGCAGUUAAGAUUUGGAAACCCAAGGUUACACCAAUGUCUGACCUUCGACCUUCUCAGAUGAACACCAUUAAAACAGCUACUGGGGAUGAAGUCCAUACAGUCCAGAAAACUUCACUAACGAGGGAACACCAACCAGAACCCUUGAACAUAGGUAGCAGCUACAACAGGUCUGGGAAGCCAUUCUCUUCCCAGCAACAGGUUCAAUCCCCAAAGCAGGCGGUGCCUAAUGUGGUGCAUGCCCAGUUUAAUUCACCCAUUGGACUUUAUUCAGCCAAUAAUAUUGCAGACACCUAUGCUGCCCAAACUGCAGGAAUUCAACAGCAAAUGCAAGGAUUAGAUAUUGACAGGACUCCUGUUGGUGCGAAAAUGAGUGGCACUUAUCAGCCAAUGGAAGGUGAAGAGAAUGGUGAUGGUGUUGUGCCUGUUGUGAAUCCUGAAGAUGAUGGCGUGACUUCUGACAACCAACUAUCAUGUGACACCCAAAAUUUAUCUUCUAACCAACCAGAAUCCAUCUCACAAAAUGAUACUAAUUUGCAUGAUGCAAAUGAGACACAGCUCAAUAAACCAUCUGGUUUCCGUUCUGUGAGAGCACCUGAUCCAGUUGAGCCAUCUCAAUCCAAACCACCUCAGGAGACCAUGCAUUGUGGAGAUUGCAAUAUGCUUGUCACGGGAGUUUUUGUGAGAGUGAAAGGAGUACCUUACCACCCUCAAUGCUUCAAAUGUGUUUCCUGUGGAGUGAACUUGAAACAGAAAGGUUACUUCGUGGUGGAUGGCAGAUUGUACUGUGAAGUACAUGCCAAACAAGUUGCCCAGCCUCCAGCUCCAAACAUGAAGGCUGUUCCAGUUUAUCGAUGAAAGGAUAAUAAGUUGACCUAGAAUUUAAUAUUACUCCAUUCAGACUUGUGAUGAUCACACAGGGCAUAUAUUGAAAUAGAUACACAAACUAUACCCCAACACCACACUAGGGUAAUUUUGGAUAUCGUUUCAUGCGUAUGUCAUUAUAUUUUUUUUUUUUUUUUUUACAGAAAUCCAGAUAGUGUUCUGCUCAAACGUUUCUAAACUGUUUUGUUUUUAUAAACAUUGGACCUGUGCAUGUGAAACUUUAUCUCACUAGUAUGACCAUGAAGUGCCCUGAAAUGCAAUUUAUUUUGUGUGUUAUCCUACAGAACAUUUCCCCCAAGAGAUCCAGAAAAUUUGAAAAUGUUUGAAGUUUUACAGAGAAUUUAGUCAAUGUAUCUAAGUCAGUUUGAGUAUUUACAAGUUGAAGUUACUUGUACUGGUCAGUUCAUGUAUGAUGCAUAUAUGUGUUUUCACUUUCUUUGUCAUUUCAGACCUUUUCACUGUAAAUAUGCAAAUACUGGGACAUUUUCCCCACAAAUCAACAAAUGGUCGAAUAGAAUAAAGUCCAGUGAUACCUCAUUAUCUUAAACUUGAUGGGGGCUGAGAAAAACUGAGAGAUAUCUGAGGGUUUGAGAUAUUGAGGUUAAAAUACAUAUUAAAGAAACUAGAGUUGGGACUUCCAACUCACUUGGACAUAACCAUGGUAAUCGAGAAAUCGAUGUUUAACUAUAUUCUAAAUAAAAUUCCAAUAUGCAAAUGCAUAAUUACUGCUUUUUGUCAUGCAAGUGUAACUAGCAUUUAUUAUCACAGUUUUGACCUAUAUUUGCUGCAAAUUAUUCUUUUAUAAAAAGUAUUUAUUUGUAAAUUUACAUGUAUACUGUAUGUGUGUUCUAGUUUUCACCAUGCUAUAAAUAACCUGUAUGGUGCACUAUUUAUUGCAAGUUAUUAUACAUGCUUAGUUUUAUGUACUCCUAUUUAUUACAAUUAUUUGCUCCAGUGCUGGGUGAGAGGGUGACACUGCCACACCUAAACCCCCUCAUUCUCACUACUAAACAUGAAGGGAGACCCCCCCCCCCUCACCCACCCAUGUCUCUUUAAAUACACCAUUAGCUCUCACCAUCCCUUUGAUGUUGUACAAACAAGUAUUGCCUUUAGAAACCCCAUUUGUGGGCAUUAUUCUGUCGAACUCAUUAAUUUUUACAAAUUGAAGAAUAGGGCUUUAUUUCAUAUGUCUGUACAGUCCAUCCUGCUUUUUCAGUACACAUUUUGUACACUUUGAAAGGACUUCUAGACGUACUAUAUUGUUUAAUCUGUAUUUUGCAAUAUUGAAUAAACAGCAAUAAAUAAUUUGCAAUACAGGAGAUCACAAUACAAGGUUUAUGUGUAUUUUUCAAAUGUUGAACUCCAAGCUGCUUUUUAACUAGAUGUCAUGCCAGGAACUUGAUAAUGUGUCUUCGAUGUUAGUACAUGAAUAAAAGGUUUGUAAACAGGGUUAAACGUUCUGUAAACAGGGUUAUUAUUGAUAUUUUGAAUUUUUGUACAUGUGACAUUAGUAUCCCCUAAACUGUUGUGAGAUGUGAUAAUUGUUGAUAUUGUAUUUAUUAGUAAGCAUAAUACUACGAUAUGAACAUUCAUCUAGUUACCUAUACUUUGUUUGGUCAGUUGAUAUUGGAAAAGUUUAUGACGGCUUUAUUAUUGCAGUUUGCCUGUUAAAAUGUUUAUAAGAGAUGCUUUAUGUAUUACAGAUGCUGUAGAAUCUGUUAAAUAGAAUAUUUUCAAAAAUUUACAA